AUGGCCCUCGACUUGCAGGACGUCGUGACUCUUGCCGAUGUCCAGUUUCUUUCCGACCGCCCUCUCCCCGUUGCCCUCGAUGGCCGUUACGACGACCAAGUCCGACCUGUCACUGGUGCCACCGCUCCCCAGGAUCCUCACUCCGACCUUUACCGCGUCACACACAACAUCAGCGAUUCGCUCAAGCAAGCCGCCCCGCUUCUCAAAGAGGCGCUCAAACCCGAGACGUACGCCGCGUUCAUUGAUGGUGCUCUCAACGGGGACAGCCUCGAUGACCGCAAGAAUCUCUUUUGCAAUAUGCUCUCAAUCCUCUGCCACCUACCCCAGGGCACCGAUGUUUCCAAGAAAUUGAACGAUGUGGUCAUCACCCAGCUAUACACCACAAUUCCUCACCCGCCCGUCACAUACGUAGGCACAGAUUACCCUGCGGGAGCCGAGCAGCCCCCUGCACGUCCCGCUGCGGCCAGUGGUAUAGCAGCUACCCCACGGUUGCCAUACACAUUCCGCAGCGCAGACGGUACCGGCAACAGUCCCGAUCUGCCCAACCUCGGCAAGGCGGGUACGCCUUAUGCCCGCUCUGUGCAAAACAAGUACCCCGUUCCUCCAGCCUCGCUUCCCUCUCCUGAGGAUGUAUUUGAUUCGUUGCUCAAGGCUCGCAAGUUCACUCCCCACCCCGGAGGAAACUCUUCCAUGACGUUUGCGUUCGCUUCCCUGGUCACGCACCAACUUUUCAGGACCCAUCCUAGUGAUAUGACAAAGAACAACACGACGUCGUACCUUGACCUGUCCGUCCUCUACGGUAUCAACCAGACCGAACAGGACAGCGUUCGCGACAAAGCGCAGGGCAAGGGACUGCUGUAUCCCGAUGCGUUCGCGGAGACCCGAUUGGUCUUCAUCCCUCCUGCUGCCACGGCGCUUCUCGUUCUCUUCAGCCGUAACCAUAACUACAUUGCGGACAUGCUCCUCCAGCUCAACGAGUGUGGACGCUGGACAAACCCGCCUCCCGAAGAUGCGGGCAAGCGUGCUAUCCAAGAUGAAGAAAUCUUCCAGACGGCGCGUCUUGUCAACUGCGGGAACUUCAUGGCGAUGAUCUUCGGCGACUAUGUGGCCGGAUUCCUCGGUCUCGGACGGGACGGUUGUAGUUGGAGCAUGAACCCGUUCGACCCAAUCACCGACUCGAACGGCUUGCCUGUUGGCCGUGGAGAAGGAAACCAGUGCUCCGUCGAGUUCAACGUCUUGUAUCGCUGGCAUCCGACCAUCGCGGAGAAAGACAUCAAGUGGACGGAAGACAUCUUCACCAAUGCCUUCAAAGGCUCCGGCAAGCAGAUCGCAGAUCUCACGCUCGAGGACUUCAUAUCCGGUGUUUUCACCACGUUCAUGACCGUCGAAACCGACCCACGUAAGCGCACGUUCGCGAACCUCACCCGCGGCCCCGACGGCCGUUUCGACGACGACGCGCUCGCAGGCGUCCUACACGAUGCGACGGACAAGAUGGCGGGUUCGUACGGCGCGCGCGGCUCGCCGCCCGUGCUGCGCCUCGUCGAGGUGCUCGGGAUGACGCAGGCGCGCAAGUGGGGCGUCUGCACGAUGAACGAGUUCCGUGAGUUCUUGAAGCUGAAACGGUUCGAGAGUUUCGAAGAGUGGAACUCGGACCCGGAGAUCGCGGUGCAACACUGCGCGUCAACUGUAUGGCACAUCGACAACCUGGAGCUCUACCCCGGGUUGCAGGCCGAGGUGCAAAUCAUGCCCCUUGGUCCUGCCCAGGGUCUUUGCGCCGGUUACACGAUGACCCGCGCCAUCCUGAGCGACGCCAUCGCGCUUGUUCGCGGUGACCGCUUCUACACCACGGACUACACCCCGUACAACCUCACUGCGUGGGGCUUCCAAGACUGCGCGCGCGACCCCAAUAACGGCGCGUUCGGUGCCGCGGUCCCACGGCUGCUUUUCCGUCACCUCCCUCGGCACUACCCGGCAAACAGCGUUUACGGCCUCUUCCCGUUCUUCACCCCGGAAGUGACGAAGAAGAACCUGACGAAGCUUAAAGUUCUGCCAUCUUACGACGUCGCGCGCCCAGUCGCGCUCCCGCCCGCAAAGAUCGUGAACACCCUCACGGACAUCGCGGCGACUCUACACGACCGGAAGAAGUACGCCACGUACGAGAGCGGCGUGUUCAAGACGACUGCGUGCGAGUUCUCCGUGGUCGCGAACGUCCCCGAAGCCCGCCAGAAGGCGCUGACGCAGGGGCUGUUCCCGAAUUCGGACGCGGUCGCGGCACACGCCAGUUGGUUCGGGAGCAAGGUGCAGGAGCUUGUCAAGGCGCACUCGUACGUGCUCGACGGCGUCCCGGGCAAGCGGCUCGACGUAAUCGGGAACGUCGUCAACCUCGCGCCGGUCCACUGGGUGUCGGAGUACAUCCUUGGCAUCUCUCUCAAGACGGCGCAGCGGCCCGACGGCCUGCUCACGCCGCAGGAGGUCACCGACGCGAUUGACUUGGUCUUCAAUGCGGUCUAUCUCAACGUCACGCCCGAGAACAGCUGGUCUACGAGCAGGCGCGCGUCCCACCUUGCUCAGGUCCUGACCCAGUUCAUCGAGAAGAGCCUGGACGACGCCGCUCCGCACCUCGGCAUUGCCACGAUCACGAACUUCUUCUUCCCGUCGCACGAGCCGUCGCACGACUUCCUGAAGCUCAUCGCGACCUCGAAGGCGUCUCACAAGGAGAUCGUCUCUGACAUCCUCGGUUUCGCGGUCUCGUCUGCCAAGGGUCUUGCUAAGACCGUGGCACGGAUUGUCGACUUCUACCUCGACGACGCGCACUCCAAGGAGCGCGCCGAGGUCAUCAAGCUUGCGAACGCAAAGGACGCCGCGAGCCGCGGGCGCCUGCGCGGUUACGUUCGGGAAGCCCAGCGUCUCGCGCCCCAGUUCGCGGCCGUGCUUCGGGAGCAAGCUGACGCUCCGGCGAAGCAGCCGAAGCAGAUGUACGUCCUCGAUAUGGCGACUGCCCUCGUCAACCCGAAGGACUUCCCCGAGCCUCUGACCGUCAACCCCUCACGCCCCGCGGCGUCGUACACGACCAUGCAAGAGGCGAGCUACUACGCUUGCCUGGGCACCGCUGCCGGCGAGGAGUUCGUGCUCGAGAUGGUCAAGGCCGUCUUCCAGAUCCCCAACAUGCAGCGCUCCCCGGGAAGAUGGGCCAGAUCAACCGCAUCACGAUGA